AUGAUACAAAGAACUCGGAACCGGCUCGGUAUUCCAUCGACGCAUUACACCAGCCUCGAAGCGAUCGUGAUACCAGAGGAAUAUCGCGUUUACGAAAGUACUCCGGGAAAUUUCGAACAAUUCCUGCUCGGCGACUCUGGACCGGACGAUCCCGAGAGAAUUCUGAUCUUCGGAAGGUCGAGCACGGCCUCUUGGAUUGGGGAAGUCUCGAAGAUUUACGUGGAUGGGACUUUUAGCUUGGCCCCUGACCUUUUCUCCCAAAUAUUCCUCAUUCUCGCGGAGCGUCCGGAAACUGUGACUCCAAUCUGCUACGUACUGAUGUCGAAUAAGUCCGAAGAAAGCUACUGCAAGAUGCUAGACAUGCUGACUCUCGGUUGGCCAAACUCCAAUCCGCAAGCGAUAUCCAUGGAUUACGAGAAAGCUUUAAUGAACGCGUUCACAGCGUUCUUCCCCGUCGCACAGAUACAUGGAUGUUUCUUCCAUCUAGUCCAAAAUAUGAAAAACAAGUUCCUGCGCAAGGAUUAA